AUGAGGUUCCUACUUAUCCUGUCCUUCAUAGGAGCAGCUGAGCUCAAUUUGUUGUCUGUUUCUUUUUCCACUUUUUCCACCGAAGCUGCUUUCUCCAAUGAUGAUGACAAGAUUGUUGGGGGCAAAACAUGCCAGGAGGCAUCUGUCCCUUACCAGGCAUCCCUGAAUGUUGGCUAUCACUUCUGUGGUGGCUCUCUCAUUAAUGAACAGUGGGUGGUGUCUGCUGCUCACUGCUACCAAUCUCGCAUCCAAGUGAGACUGGGAGAACACAACAUUGAAGCCAAUGAAGGAAACGAACAGUUUAUUGACUCAGAAAAGGUCAUCCGCCAUCCUGGCUACAGCUAUUGGACCCUGGAUAAUGAUAUCAUGCUGAUCAAGUUGAAAACUCCCGCCAUCCUGAAUGAUCAUGUGAAUACCAUCUCCCUGCCCACAGCCUGUGCCCCUGCAGGCACUGAGUGCCUUAUUUCUGGUUGGGGCAAUACUCUGAGCUCUGGUGUCAACUACCCUGACCUGCUUCAGUGUUUGAAUGCCCCUCUUCUGUCUGAUGCUGAAUGCAAGGCCUCUUACCCUGGAGAGAUCACUAGCAGCAUGGUCUGUGCCGGCUUCCUAGAGGGUGGCAAGGAUUCCUGCCAGGGUGACUCAGGUGGCCCCGUGGCCUGUAAUGGAGAGCUCCAGGGUAUUGUCUCCUGGGGAUAUGGCUGUGCUCAGAAAGACAGGCCUGGGGUCUACACCAAGGUCUGCAAGUUUGUGGACUGGAUCCAGGAAACUAUUGCUGCCAAUAGCUAAAUCCCUCCUUACUCCCCAACUCUUGUUCUGGAUUGUUGACAACAUAUUAAUAAAGUGACAGUCCUUUUGUUGCCUAA